CCUGCCAGUACUUCAGUCUCAGUGGGCCGCUUUGGUCUAACCCAGAAGCUUCAAGCAUCAUCAUUCCUAUGCUCAGGCAAGGCCAUGUCAAGGUGCUUGUUAUCCCAGGCGUUUUGGAUUGUGCCUCAGGGCGGGUUAUAAUUAGUGGAUGUCUGGACCUGGAAGGAGGGAUGCAGAUACGAGGGAUACGAAAACGUGCUCCCGGGCUGAAGCACUGAUGUGCCAAUAACACCCAUGAUGUGGCGGCAUUCCUACAUUCUCUAAAUCCAUCCGCACACAUCCCAACCAGUCCAUUCUACUCUAGAAAUGUGUUGGGGAAUAAGGUAUCUGGGGAUGAAAGGCGGCCACAUUGACUCAAUCAAAAAUACCGCGUGGCAUUUUGCAGCAGUCAACAACUUCAGUAACCUCGAGGUAUAGAUCCGCUACAGAACCACGAGGAGUGGCCUCGUUUUACGUUCAUCUACUUGGAGAACAAGGGUGGUACAAUGUGAGUUACCUCUCAACCUGAAACCUGAACGCAUGUUUCGACGGUUGAAUUCAUAUUCGCGACCGAUUUAGCUUGUGCCAAGUUACGCUUCCCCCUUGCAAUGGCUAUAAAAGGCCUUCACUCCCUCCCUACACCCUCACUUCCCGCCAUGGCACCGAUUGGCACUGUAUCUACCAUGUUCAUCCUGCUGAACUUCAUCAGCCAAGCUAUUGCCGUACCCUCAGAGCUAUAUUCCCCCCUCGUCCCUCAGAAACUCUUACGUACCUUUAACUCGCUUCCCAAACCUAUCCAGUACCCCCAAUAUACCGACAGCUCACGGCCUGGGAAAUGGGCCUUUUUCGUACCUGAUACCUGGACAUCAGCUUUCUUUCCCACUACUCUAUACGAAAUGGACAGACGACGAACUCUCUGCAAGACUUUGAACGCGUCUGGAGUCGAUGUUGACUGGCUCCAGCUGGGUAGGAGUGCAAGUCAAGGGCUCGUCAGUCUCCCUGGACAUAAUACCCAAGGGCACGAUGUUGGGUUUUUGAGUUUUCCAUUCGUAGAGGAAUUGAAGAGAAACCCAGGCAACCAAACUGCAAUUAACACUGUAAACGGAUUCGCUCGAGACCUCGCAAAACGGUUCAUCCCAGCAGCUGGAGUUACUAGGAGUUGGGAUAACGAUAACCAAACUGUUGUCCGCGUCAUUAUCGACAAUAUGAUGAACCUCGAUGUGCUGUUCAGUUCUGCCGAGCUCACGGGUAACCAAACUUUGGUCCAAAUCGCGAAGACACAUGCGGAUACGACUAUCAAGAAUCAUAUCCGAGCGGAUGGAUCCACAUGGCAUGUAGUUGAGUACGAUGCAGACACUGGUGCUGUUCUGUCGAAGCAUACCGCGCAAGGCUUUUCUGAUGAUAGCACGUGGUCCAGAGGCCAGGCAUGGGGUAUUUACGGUUAUGCUCAGAUGUACAGCAGAACUGGGAACCCAACCUAUCUCGAAACGUCUCGUCGCCUUGCCACGUACUUUUUAUCACACAUCCCCUCGGAUGGGAUAGUUCCUUGGGACUUUGAUGCGCCCCUCAAGGAUCCCAAAGUCCCUGGAGGAGUGAGACCCGCUGAUUCGUCUGCGGCGACUAUAGCGACGAAUGGGCUUUUACUUUUGGGCAGCUUAGAUGAGGAAGACGCGGACAAGUGGACGUCUGCGGCCCUUGAGAUCCUCGAUCAUAUCACCGAACUUGCGUGGAAGCCUGAGUGGGAUAGUCUCCUUUCCAACGGGACUGUGAACUGGCCGUCGAAUAAUUAUUUGACUGGGACCGUUUACGGUGACCAUUACUUCGUCAAGGUGGGGAAUGAUCUUCUUGAGAGAGGAUUGGCUCAUUGCUAGAGGUUGGCGUUGGGGCUUUUCAAGUGGCUCGUUUUACGAUUUUUUCUGCUUCAAGUAUGAAGUAUAUACCCUUACGAGCUUUCUAUCAUGGAUAACGCUUUAACAUAUGUCACUCAG